AUGCCCAUGAUCUGCUUCCUGGCGUUCUUCCUGAGUUCUGUCAUUGACAACUUAACUGCCACGAUCGUCUGCAUCAAGAUCUUGAAGCGCGUAGUGCCGCAUAGGAAGGACUGGCGACAUUCUUGUGGUGGCCUUGUGGUUGUGGCUGCGAAUGCAGGAGGAGCCUGGAGUCCUAUUGGCGAUGUGACGACCACAAUGCUCUGGAUUUCCCACAAGAUCUCCACUGUAGGCACCAUCGUGUGGUUGUUCUUCCCAUCCUUCGUGGCGGGUGUUUUGCCACUCUUCGGGAUAUGGUGGCAGGCAAAACGGUGCGGAGGGGAUGCUGUUGAGGAAGGCAAGGCUGCGCAAGAACCAGAGCUGCCCCCGGUGACAAACAGCAACGUGAUGGCUCUGGUUGUGGGAGUUGCCUGCAUUCUGAACGUUCCCGUUGUCAAGAUCGUGACAGGCUUGCCUCCCUACCUGGGCAUGAUGAUGGCCCUUGGCAUCUUCUGGCUCGUGACAGAAAUUGCCGGCUUAGGUGCAGUGGAUGAGGAACGAGACGAGGAGGAAGGCUUCGACACGGCCAGCGGGGAGCACGUGAAGUAUGGCGUGCCUGCAGCACUUCACAAGGUAGACCUAAGCAGUCUCCUCUUCUUCACCGGUGUGCUCCUGGCCGUUGCCUCCCUUGAGUCUGCGGAGGUGUUGGCUCGAUAUUCAGAGUUCAUGAAUGACUUCACUCACGGCAGCCCCUUGGCCCUCACGACGCUUCUGGGCGUCAGCUCCGCGGUUGUGGACAACGUGCCGCUGGUGCAGGCCAGUAUCCAGAUGUUCCACGAGCCCAUGGACCAUCCACUCUGGCAGAUGGUGGCUUUGGCGGGUGGCACCGGCGGGUCCAUGUUGGCGGUGGGAUCCGUUGCAGGUGUAACGCUUAUGGGCCUUGAGGGCGUUGGCUUCCUCUGGUACACUCGGCGGAUUACCCCCUGGGCUGCUCUGGGCUUCAUUGCUGGAAUGG